AUGAACUUUUAUUUCGAGGCAGCACAAGUCCUGGAUCGACUGGACGCCAAACAGGGUUCGAUAAAGGGUCUUAUCGCCAGCCUUGCAGAAAAGAAUAGGAAGAGGUCCACCGCUUUAAUCAUUGAGACACUCAAAUGUGAGGUUCUUCAUCCACAUACCGGGAAAGUGUUGGUGUUGAACCUGGUGUGGGUAGACAAACCCGUCCUUUCCGAUGUCAUAGCAGCGUCAAAGCUGACGAAAGAGGAGCGCAAGCUCAGCUCCCAUAACCUUACCCUUGUCCUCGUGUACGACCUGCUCCUUGGAAAGGGUAUUCAGGCAGGGGAUGGACCCAUCAAGCAGGCGGUUUUACGCCACAAGACCCGACUUCAUGGAGAAUUUCAGAAACUCAAGAUCAAACGGGGUGUUACCUCGAAUGCUCAGCUCGUUCAGAGAGCCGAUGAAAGGGCUGAGUCAAUACCUCGCUACGUACGAAUAAACACUUCCUUGUGGACAACCGACAAGGCGGUCCUGUAUUACGUUUCUCGAGGGUUCACAUUAAACGACACCUUAAACUCGAGCGAUCACAAGGCGUUUGUGAAGGAUCCUCACAUCCCGGACCUCCUGGCUUUUGCGCCCUUGACCUCCUUCGUCGAAGAUCCUGCCUACCUAGAUGGACGUGCUAUCAUCCAGGAUAAGGCGUCAUGCUUUCCUGCCUUCGUGCUGAACCCGCCGGCCACAGAAGACAGUGUUGUGAUCGAUGCUACGGCAGCUCCGGGAAACAAGACUUCACAUCUGAGCGCACUGAUGGGCAACAAGGGAAAGCUCUACGCGUUUGAGCGGGAUAAAAGACGAUUUUUGACACUGCAGAAGAUGCUAAACACAGCACAGUGCCGCAACGCCAUUCCCAUUAACGCAGAUUUCCUUACCAUUGACCCUGAAGACAAUAAAUUUAGGCCCGUCACACAUAUUGGAUCCGGAAUUGUCAACCGCUUGGACCACUUGAUACCUACCGGUACGAGGAAGUCAACCGAUAAGCUUGAAACAUCUCGUUUACUCCAUACGGUUCUCAUAUUAACAGCGAUCGAGGAAGAGGACAUCCCAAAUGAGCGUCUAGCGAAGCUGGCGACGUUCCAGCUCAAGAUGAUACAACAUGCCAUGAAGUUCCCCAAUGUAGAAAGAAUCGUGUAUUCAACAUGCAGUAUCCAUGCUACUGAGAACGAGCACGUUGUCCGUGCUGCACUCGAUUCGGACGAAGCGAAAGCAGGUCCCUUUGUGUUAGCCCCCCGAAACGAAGUGAUUCCGAGCUGGAGCAGACGCGGACUGCCGGAGGAGAUGAAGUCAGCAGAUGGCGAUGGCACUAAUGGCUUCUUCGUUUCCUGUUUCAUUCGAGUUCAGAAAAUGGCCUUGAAGCGAAAACUCGACAGCGAGGCGGAUGGCACGGAAAGAAGCAAACCGAGAAAGAGGAAAAGAAAACGAAAAUAG